AUGGCGUUAUCCUCUCCCUCCCUCUUUUCAACUCUGAACGCCAAAUCUUCACUACCCCAUUUCCAUGCACCAAACCUUUCUUCAUCUUCUCACUUCCCAAUUACACCCUCCACUACCCAUCUCCUUCUCCCUCGCAAAUGGAGAGCAAAGGUUUCGUUUUUCCCUUCCUUCUUGAAGAAACGCAAAGAUGCCAAGAGCAUCAAGGAAGAACUCCUUCAGGCCAUUGCACCGCUUGAUCGAGGGGCUGAUGCCACUCUCCAAGACCAGCAAACGGUUGAUCAGAUUGCACGCGAACUUGAGGAAGUUAGUCCAAUAAAGGAGCCCCUAAAAUCUAACCUUCUGGAUGGAAAAUGGGAGCUUAUAUACACUACCUCCCAGUCAAUCUUGCAAACCAAGAGACCAAAGUUGUUGAGAUCAGUUGCAAAUUAUCAAGCAAUCAAUGUGGAUAUUCUUAGGGCCCAAAAUAUGGAAUCUUGGCCAUUCUUCAACCAGGUAACAGCGGAUUUGACACCUCUAAGUCCAAGGAAAGUGGCUGUAAAAUUUGAUACUUUCAAAAUUGGAAGCAUUAUACCUAUUAAAGCACCUGGAAGAGCUCGUGGGGAACUGGAAAUAACAUAUUUGGAUGAAGAACUCCGGGUAUCAAGAGGCGAUAAAGGAAACUUAUUCAUCUUGAAGAUGGUGGAUCCAUCUUACAGAGUUCCUGUAUGA